CAGUAUCCUGUCAAUGAGGAGACACAAACAAAGCAACGAAAAGGAUAACACGCAUCGUCGUCGUGAAAAGUGGAGAAAAUUUUGCACCCACCAUUCAUUAGUCGCGUUUUCUUUCCAUUCGUCCUCGCAUUUUUUAUCAAAAUUACCUUUUUGUGCAGCAAUUAGCUUGACGCAGUAUUCCAAUGUGUGUAAAGUGUGUACUCUAACGACCAACCGGAAGUGCAAUGUCGCUAAAACAAUCGUACGCCCCGACGAACCCGGAAGUGGGCGGCGUCGGCUCCAGUGGUAUGGAAAAAUUGCUGGAAGCCCAGCAACAGCAGCUGGAUGACAUAACGAGUGAGUCGUCCUUUCUGGAGUUUCUCCGGAACGAGCAGCGCUGCUCGGCUGCUGGUUCCGGCACUAGUGGUCCGAACGGAGUGGACGGUAAUGGUGGGCUGGGCGAGGAAGUGGAUGUGGAAAGUAUUUUCAUGCAAGUGAGUCAAUUGGCUGGGAACGGGGAGGAUGGGAAAAGUGUCGACGAAAUUUUGAGGGAAGCGGAACACUUGAUUCGAAAACAGCAUCCGCUCUUCGGUGGGAACGGGGCGGAUGAUGGUGUCGGGGAGCUUGAUGGGAUACGAAGAGUGCAACGGGCAACCUGUGGACUGCGGGAUAUUUCCUGCGAAUCGACGCCGAUGGAGAUGCGAAGCGGCGUGCUGGAGGAGCUGGAAAUGAUUGCUCGGAGGGAGGAGGAGACAAGGACUUUUGUCAAGCAAAUCUUCCACGACGAGGAUCCUGAACCUCCGUCGAAGGACUUCAUCCGACGGAAAAGUUUCACUAUAAGCUCUGCUGGCGCAGAGCCUGACAGCCAGUGCGGUGUACGUCCCAAUUCCGAUCAAACGUUCAUUGUUUCCGCUCCUACGACCGCUCUGCCCGCGACAGAAAUGCGUAACAGAAGAAACACCGCCGGGAAGACUGUGUCCGCAGGGUCUUCCUCUACGCCAACUAAAUCUGCCUCUACGCCAAAGAAACGAAACAGCAUUUCUCGGCCUGCGUCCGCAAUGCCAACAUCCGCCUCGCAACUUCCUCGCAAAUCCAUCGAGGCAGAUAACAAAGAAAAUCAAUCGCUGCUGACCCAAUCACGGAUCCGAGAUUUGGAGGAAAUCUACAACCUAACGCUGAACGAGGUAUCCAGGGACCGGAAAAGCCCCUCGCCCGCCCCAACGCUGGUCCGCGAAAAAACGUUCUGCGACAAAUCGACCGCUCCGUCACCGACUCGCACCGCGCAGGAUUCGUUUGCCAGCUGGACCAAAGAGCGGGAACUGGAAAGCAGCAUCACCGAGCUGCAGGAGAAACUCAAGGACACCGAGGAGCGCUUCGAGAGCCUGAAGAUCCAGUACGAUACGCUGUCGCAGGUGCAUCGGACACUGCGGGAAAACCACGGCGCAAUACAGGAGGAGAGCGACAAACUGAAGCUGGACGUGCAGCAUUUGACCGAGUGUGCCAAUGUGUUGAGAUCCGAACUGCAAUCGGCAAGAAGUGACCGCGAUGCAGCUCUGGAACUGCAAAAGAUACUACAGUCGGAGUUGGAAGAAUCCCGCCGUGAAAAGAAACGAUAUCAAGAGCUUAACGAGAAAGACACCAAGACUAUUCAGGACCUGCAACGGCAGUGCCGGGAGAUGGAACGGAUACUGAUGAGGAAGCAUCCCGAUUCGGUGUCGGCAUUGAUUGUGGCUAGCAAAAACAGCAACAACAACAAGCCGGCUGAGGACACAUCGCAAACCCGUCGUCUCCUGGAGCAGCGUAUAGCACAGCUGGAAUCAGACGCCAAAGAACAGGAUGCCAAAGCGCAGGGCAUUCUGGCCAACGUGCAGGCUCGCUUCAACUCGGUGCAGUCCAAGUACGAAACUCACAUCGCCGAUCUGGAGAUGCAGGUGCUCAGCCUGCAGGAGAUCAACUCGAAGCUGAACGAGAAAAUAAUCCGACAGAUGGAUGAGCUGUCGAGCAUUGCCAGCCACGCGGCGGCGUCGCUACCGAAGGUUAACGCAAUCGCCACCGCUACCAGCUGCAGCUUCACGCAAACCGAAGAUAUUCCCGAGAAGGAUUGUAUUAAAUCUAGGUCCAUUUCAGUGCAGACCGAUAGCAAGCUGACCGGAACGGGAGGGCCAGGCCGCAACCAUUCGGGAGGGCCAAAGCGAGCUUCGUCAGCCAACGCCGGAGGAAAAAUUCCGAACUCGUUGUCUGACUCACAGAUCCAAAGCCGAGAGGAUGCCCACCUGUUGGCCACCAUCCGCGGAAUGCGUGUGGAUCUGGCUAUCAAGGAGAAAGCCGUUCAGCGAUUAACCAGAGAAGUGGAAGACUGUAAGAAGACUAUCAAGAAGCUACAAAAAGAACGCGAUAACUACCUGAAGUCGGAGGGACGAUCUGGUACCUUCUCAACAAACCCUUCCACCGCAAAAGGUAAGACCUAUGAUCCGGCGCACUAUGCAGAUGGAGUCGCAUCCGACACCAAUGCUUUGAAGGAUGCCCAGCUUAAAAUUAAAUUGCUUGAAGCGGACUACAAGACGUUGCAUGACAAAAGGCUACAGGACCUCAAAACCCUUCAAGCGGCUCACGAACGAGAACUAGCAGCAUGCCACGAAACAGUUCGGAUUCUGCAGCAGCGUCUGUCGGAACGGGAGGAAACUCUACACACCAAGGAGAAGCGCAGGCCCAACCACAACAUUGACUACUACGCUCUGAAGGCAAAGGUCACGUCGCUGGAACGCCGCCACAGCGAGCGGGAACAGCGCCUGCACAUGCUGGUGGAAGCCCUCAGCAAGGGAGGUAAGUUGAAUGGGGUUCACAUUCGUGCUUUGGCUGCGGCGGCCGCGGCCACCGGCGGCAAUCCGUCCGCCAUCGGCGACGAGGAAAACCACAACCUGGUGAAUCCGCAGCCUCAGCAGCACCAAAAUGCCACCGUCGGUGGGAACUAGAGAUUCAGGUGAGACGGACGGAUGAUUUUUGUACGUUUUAGAUUUUAGAACAGCGGAUGAAUAUCCAAUUAACAACACACAAUAGGCAAUUGUUGGGUUCCUGUCUAACUGUCACCAGUACUCGUAGAUCUCAAAGAAACCAAAUUCUUAGGAUUGUUCUUAGGUAUUUCCACCAUAGCUAACCGAUACCGUAGAUACCGAUGAUAUAAUCUACUUUAGUGUUUUAUGCAUUGAAUAAUUGAAUGAAAUUCUAUUUGAACUUACUCUAUACGAAAUAGUACCAUACACAGCAGCAUUCCAAUUAUUGACAGGAUUUAUCUGGCAUUAAUUUCAUCUCAUCAUCAAAUAGUUAGAAAGUUCUUAAUCGUUGGUUUCAUUUCAUUUACCUGUUGUGAGUAAUCAUUCCAAAGCGAUCCAUAAAGACUGCAGAACGUCAAUGAAAAUUAGAAGAAACAAGUUGGGAAUAAAAUUCCCGCCAAAAAUUACAACUCAAUCCGGCACUUUAAUAUAGAUUGAUGUCAACAGUUGAAAAAUGGGUUGAAUCAGAAGGUAAGAUAAUGUGUCUAUUAGAAAGGCAAAGAUGUUAGUGAUCUUAAGGGAUAAUACUAAGUUUCGAAUUUACAACAUCAUACGUCCAUUCAAUUCGUUAGCUUGUAGGAAUAUAGUCGUUUAGGAAUUAGCAUUACGUGACCAUUUUGGUUGAGUCCGCUUGGUCAGCAAGGAAAGCAAUCCGUUCCGUACUAUCGUAGAUAUGAUCAGUGUUAGUCGUUUUAGUUUUACGUUCAGUUUACCACUGUUUAUUAGCAUGUACGAUUCGAAUAAAAAUGAGACAAUAGUUUUAAAUUUUUAGAAAAAAUAACUAUCUGGUUUGCAGCUUUUUGAAAGGUUCAUUUGAAACUUUUGAAAAUGAUUAUCACUUUUGGCAGGUAAUGGGAGGAAUCCAUUCCGUGGUAAUAGUUUUGAGGAAAAGACCAUUUUUAUCGAAUAAAGUAUUGAUUCAGAAGAAAAAAAA